AUGGUGGAUGUUAUCUUACUAACUCAUAUAUCUGAAACUACGGACUGCAGCUCAUCUUUCUGCCAGGCUUCAUCUACUUCAAAAGAUUCUGUUCCUGAAGGCUAUUUAAUCUUGACAUUCGAUAAAGAGAAGAAAGCUGUUUUAAAAACUGCUGUGUUCGCAGAUGUUUCAGAUCCCAGGUUUGCAGAUGAUUAUGAAGAUGAUGAUGAAGAUGAAAGUAAUGAUAACUGUUGGCCACUUCGUAAGUCCAAGUUAGCUGUUAGCCAAAAGGGAAAUGAUGGCGUACUUGAAAAUGAAGCUACCAAUGCCAAAGGUUUUUUGUCUAAACCUCUUGUUAUUUCUACGAAUGCAGCUGACAAAAUGGAAGUGUGUUGUGUUCUUCAAACUAAAAUAACCAUUCCGUCGAAUUCAGCAUUCAAUCAAUUUGGAUCCAUAGGAAAUAUGCCAGAAUUUCAUUUAACUUUAAAAUGUGAUAUUGAUGAUAUGGAUGAAUCGUAG